CUCUCCACCAUCCAAAGCUCAAGCUUACCCUGAGGCCACGCUGGUGCCAACCUCUCUGUGCCCUCCAUGCCACACAGCCAUGGGGCACCUGAACCUUCAUGAGCAGAGUCCUCUCCCCAGCCUCUCCUCCUCCAUCUCUGCCUUCAUCUUUGCCUUCCAAGCCCCCUUGGUGACUUCUUCUCUCACAGGGCAGAGCAUGGCCUCAACCCUCCCCCUGCUGCUGCUCUGGGCUCUCACCCCCACGGUGAUACCAGAGAUGUUUGGCCCUGAAGAUGCCACAGACGACCUCAAAGCUCUGCAGGUCUCCAUCCCUCGGUACCCAGCCCCGGAGGCAGUGCUGGCAGGGGACAUCACCAUCCCCUGCCUCAUCACCUACCUCGGCCCUCAGCCCACCGCUGGCACCGCUGGCACCGGCGGGCGCCGAGCCGUCCUGGGCACUCCCCGGGUCAAGUGGACUUUCAUCUCGGAGGGCAACGAGGUGGAGAUCUUGGUAGCCCGCGGGGACAGGGUGAAGGUGAGCGAGGACUACCGGCUGCGGGCGUCGCUGCCGACCUUCCACCGGCGCUACACCGACGCCUCCCUGCGGCUCACCGAGCUGCGCCCCAGCGACUCGGGCAUCUACCGCUGCGACGUGCAGCAUGGCAUCGAGGACGGGCACGACCUGCUGCGCCUCAGGGUCAAAGGAGUGGUGUUCCACUACCGGGAGGGUUCCCUACGCUAUGCCUACACCUUCCCCGAGGCUCGGGCAGCCUGUGCCAGGAUCGGUGCCAGCAUUGCCACCCCCGAGCAGCUCUAUGCUGCCUACCUGGGCGGCUACGAGCAGUGCGACGCCGGCUGGAUCUCAGACCAGACCGUCAGGUACCCCAUCCACACGCCACGGGAGGCCUGCUAUGGAGACAUGAACGGAGUGCCAGGGGUGAGGAACUAUGGGGUGGUGGACCCCCAGGACAUGUACGACGUCUACUGCUACGCCGAGGACCUGCCAGGGGAGCUCUUUUUGGAGACCACCCCCGGCAAGUUCACGCUGGCAGAGGCUGCGCGGCGCUGCCGGGCGCUGGGGGCACGGCUGGCGAGCCCGGGGCAGCUCUACGCAGCCUGGAGCGCAGGGUUGGACGCCUGCAGCCCCGGGUGGCUGGCGGACGGCAGCGUCCGGUACCCGAUCGUCACCCCCCGGGAGCGCUGCGGCGGAGCCCUGCCCGGAGUCAAAACCGUUUUCCUCUUCCCCAACCGCACCGGAUUCCCGCAGCGGCACAGCAGAUACGACGCUUACUGCUUCCGAGAAGGGACAAACUCCAUCCCUGAGGGUGCCCGAGAGCCCGAGGGCUUCCAGGAGAUUGUGGCGGUGGCACAACAGCUGGAGGAGCUGCAGCUGCCCAGGGCGCCCACCGAGCUCGAAUCGCGAGGGGCGAUUUUCGCCAUCCCUUUCUUGCAGGAUCCUCACCUGGAAAAGCCAAGCCAGACCCCCCCGGAAGACUCAGCGGGGUCAAAACCCCAACACCCCCCGCUAGAGACCUCCGUGUCCUCCUCAGAGGAGGAAGAGGGAGCGGCGCUGGGCAGGGACCUUGGCAGCAGAGGGCAAGACCCCUGGCAGCCCACGGAGCAGGAUGGAGCCCCUGGCACACAGACGCACUCCACGGCCCCACGGCCAGGCUCGGAGGGACCCACCGGUGCCUCGUCCCCAGUGGGAGCUGCAGCAGAGAGCAGACAGCCUGGUGGGACCCUCCGAGGCGGUGCCAAGGCUCCGGAUGACGCCGAGCUCUCGGGGGACGUGGUGGAAGGUCCUGGGGGGUCCCCGCUGCCCGCCGCGCCCCCACCCGAGGAAGGAGAGGAACCGUCGGGGGCCCUGUGGCUCCCCUCGCCCGCGGCCCCGGGGGACAGGGGGACUGUCCCCGAGGCGGAGGUGACAGCGGGCACGCCUUGGCACACGGAGGUGCCAGGGACGGGAAGCCAAGAGGUUGUGCUGCGACCUCCGGGCACCGAGCGUGGGAUUCCUGCUGGGUCUUCAGAAGAGGAGGAAGAGGAGGAGGAGGGAGAGAAGGAGGAGGAAGAGAAAGAGGAGGAAAAGAAAGAGGAGGAAGAGAAGGAGGAGGAAGAGAAGGAGGAGGAAGAGGAGGAGGAGGAGGAAGAGCAGCCCACCCCCUCCAUUGCCACCCUGGAGGGUUUCCUUGCAGCCAUUCCGGGAGAACCAGGUGGCUGCCACCCCAACCCCUGCCUCAACGGAGGCACCUGCACGGAGGAUGGUGCCCACCUGGCAUGCCUGUGCCUGCCUGGCUAUGGAGGCAGCAGCUGUGAAAGAUCCCUGCGGCAGUGCAGCGCAGGCUGGGACAGCUUCCAGGGCGCCUGCUACAGACACUUCUCCACCCGGAGGAGCUGGGAGGAUGCCGAGACCCAGUGCAGGCACCACGGGGGGCACUUGGCCACCAUCCUGACCCCCGAGGAGCAGGACUUCAUCAACGGUAGGUGCCCGGGGGGGGAGGGGAGGGGAGGACGGGGGGAGGGAGUGGGGGGAGGGAGCCUUGGCAGGCCUCAGGGGGAGGCUGCUGAGGUAAAAAACGUGGCCAAGAAUGGAGGCAGGGCCUGGGGAUGCUGA